CAUACUACUUUUCAAUUGUACAGCUCCAACAUGAAAUACAAACUAAAGAGGAGUGAGAAAAGACAUAAAAUGCAGUAAUAAAUGCAACAAACACCAGGAUGUUUAGAGCAUCAAGCGACUUAACAAUAACUGCUUCUUCAAAGGCCGAUCAUAUAGAUCCACAAGAGGGAAACUCAAAAUGUUAGUAAGAAACCUUGUCUCAGGAUACAGUUUUGUUAAUUCUCAGUUGUUGGAAACUGCAGGCAGAUAGGUGAAUUGUCUGAUAUAUGACAUACACAGGCCUAGGCUAUUAAGGCGAUAAAGGUCAAUACCAAACCUAUACUUUAAGUUGGAAGUAAGUGGAAACUACUGUAAUUCUUGCAGUAAUUGGUCUAAUGUGCUUUGUAUUCAUGACCUAAGAUAGUAAAUCAGCCACCAUAUUUUGAACAGCUAUUGUGUCUAAAAUGACCUUAAGGCCACACUAAAUAUAUUACAGCAGUCAAACUGAAUAUUUACUAAGACAUAAUUAAAAUAGAAAUAUUUAAGGUUCACACAAUUCAAUAAUUUCCUAAGGCAAAGAAUUAACAGUUGUAUUCCAGAAAAGAUGCAGUACCAAGUGACAACAGUGAUCUAAAGAAUUUUUCACUCUUCAUGUUGGUACAACAUAAUGCCACCAUAAAAUUGGCUCUCAGCAUGGCCAAUCCCAAUUGCUCUUCUGUUGCAACUGCCUGCUAAAUGGUAUGGUCCAGAUUUGCACCUACAGUAUACCAAUUUUACGUAUGUAUGUAUGUAUGUAUGUAUGUAUGCCAGUUGGUCUUUUCCUAUAACUUUGCUAUUAUCUGUCGUCACAUUUUUAGCCAGCAGGAAAACAUCCCCCAACCCGAACAGUGCAGCAUAAAAGGGAUUGUAAUUCUACAACUUUGGGACAACCCCUAAGCCUCUCUACUAUCUUCCAGAUCCAAUUUGGGCAAAUUCCAAGAAGGCUCCCAAUUGUCUCAAAAAAUGUUUGAAUUGAGCAGUUCCAGCAUAUUUUAAUUCAGACAAGAAUAAUUAAACACUUACAGGGAGACAUCAGACCAGAAAUAGUUGCAAGUAGGGCGAGAGACCCUGAUAUAAUUACAUGGUUAACCAAGUCCUAUAGAACUGUAUAACUAGAUCCUGGGUCAACAAUUAUUUCAGGGAAAGUGAGAAAUUGGCACACACACAAAGAAACUGGCAAAUAAUAAAUGCCCAGUUUGACAACCCUCAUGAUUUUCCAGAUGCUGCACUGAGAAAAAUGCGAAAGCUGAUUGUUCCCUGGAAGCAUUUUGGAAUUAUAAAAAUAUAGAAUUGCAUACAGUAAAUAUGGUCCACUUCUUCUCUGAAUAAAAUAAUUGAACCUAUCUCUUCUUUUUGUACCUGGUUAGAAUACUGAAGAAAUACUGAUUCCAAAAUAGGGUGGGGGAAUAUGACCAUGAUGAAAGGAACAUAGGAUGACAGUAAACAUAUUGCUAAGAGGAUAACUGCUGGGAGUGAUAGUUGCAGUAAAGGCUAAUGACCAGAAGAGAGGAGUGCCUGUACCUCCAAACACAUCCAAAACAUAAUUUGAGCACACCCGUAACAAGUCAUCUGAUCUUAUCUCCAAAACAGUGGAUGGCAGAGCCACACCCAAAGCACAUAUUUGGUUGCACACGACAGGUACUGUAAUCUGAAUUUAACUCCAACAUAAUGGAUGGCACUGUUUAUCUUAUACAGUAUGACAUUUUGGUGGGAUACUGUCAGAUUGAGGGGGUGGGGAAACCUACUUUAUUCCAGGACAGAAAGGUAAGACACAAGAUUAUUUAAAUGAUGGGCUGAGAAUACGAUGAGACCAGCAUUGGGUAACAAAGGGAGAAGGCUGGAGUUAUUCAGGACACUGUGGUGCUGCUGUUGCUGCUGCAAACUGCAGAUGGGAACAGGACCUCUAACACCAGUGAGAGCGCUAAAGUUGAAAGGCUUGAUCCAUUUUAACUGAUACUGUACCAUGUCUUAGACAUGUUGUUGUCUUAGUCUAUCAAACUUUUGCUGAAAUUUCAUCCUGUUGGACUCUCACCCUACAAGUACUGUAGCUCCAACUCUCUAUAAAAUGGUUCACUCCAAACCUAUACGUCAUUUACAAAUUACCUAAGUCAAAAAUGGUUUGUCCCAAUCAGCUGUUGCAGCCUAUAGUUCAUUCUAGGCACACCCUUCCCAAUAAGAAUGGUUUGCUCCAUCAUUAGAGAACUUUAGCAAUUAGGUCCACAUAGGACGGCACCAGAAGACAAGAAAGAAACUAAUUAAUAUUAAUUAUUCUAUUUUCCCAGACUGAAGAAGACUGACGUCUCUUUCCACGGUUCUCAGAGCGUGUCAGGCAGGCCGGGCUAAUGGAGCGGUGCGCCUGCGUAGAGAGGGAGGUGGACAAAGUGCUGCAGAAGUUCCUGUGCUACGGCCAGCAUUGUGAGCGAGGCCUGGAGGAGCUGCUGCGCUACGUCAGCCAGCUGAGGGAGGAGCUGGGCGCUGCAGCUUUGCAGCGAGCACCUCUGUCUGCUACACUCUCCCUCGUUAUGUCCCAAUGCUGUAAGAAGAUCAAGGACACUGUUCAGAAUUUAGCUUCAGAUCACAAAGAUAUUCACAGCAGUAUCUCCCGGGUGGGCAAAGCAAUUGAUAGAAAUUUUGAUGCUGAUUUGUGUGGCAUUGUCCCUGCUUUGGUCUGGGAAUCCCAAGAGAAACAGAUCCUGGUGUUGGCAAUUAUAGAGCACCUCUAUCAACAAGGAAUGCUGGGAGUAGCUGAAGAACUGUGUCAGGAAUCAACUGUGAAUGUGGAUGUAGACUUCAAAAAGCCAUUCCUGGAACUGAACAGCAUUCUGGAAGCUCUGCACAAACAAGACCUGGGACCUGCUCUGAGCUGGGCAAUCUUCCACAGGCAACAGCUGGCUGAUCUGAACAGCACUCUGGAGUUUCAGCUGCAUCGGCUCCAUUUCAUCAGGCUUCUUUCUGGUGGCCCAGGCAAGGAGUUGGAGGCCCUGAGCUAUGCACGUCACUUCCAGCCCUUUGCCCACCUACACCAGCAAGAGAUUCAAGUGAUGAUGGGCAGUCUGGUAUACCUACGCUUAGGCCUGCAGAACUCUCCAUAUAGGCAUCUACUGGAUGAAAGUCAUUGGACAGAGAUUUGCGAGACUUUCACUCACGAUGCAUGUGCCUUGCUGGGUCUCUCAGUGGAGUCACCUCUAAGUGUCAGCUUUGCCGCAGGGUGUGUAGCACUGCCAGUACUGAUGAACAUCAAGGCUGUGAUUGAGCAGAGACAGUGCACAGGUGUUUGGAGCCACAAGGAUGAGCUGCCUAUUGAAGUUGAGCUAGGGAUGAAAUGCUGGUAUCAUUCAGUCUUUGCAUGUCCCAUCCUACGCCAACAGACCACAGAUUCCAAUCCACCUAUCAAGUUGAUUUGCGGACAUGUUAUUUCUCGAGAUGCCCUCAAUAAGCUUAUCAACGGAGGGAAAUUGAAGUGUCCAUACUGCCCCAUGGAACAAAAUCCAGCUGAUGGAAAACGCCUCAUCUUUUGAUAAUGGCAAGACUUGUUAUGAAAUGGGCUCUUCAGAUACAGCAGUUGUGUGCAAGCAGAACUCCAUAAUGUCCUGCUUAAUAACAACAGCUGCUAUACUAUGGAAGCUGACUAGUAUAGUGGACUUUCCAGGAGGAGACAACGCAAUAUUCUGUACACGUACUCCUCUCUCUGCCUGUCUGAGGCUUCAUCCUGGGGGCUUCAACAGGCACUGCUCCUGUUGAAGAGUUUACCCCUCUCUGUUCACAGUUCUAUUUCUUGUUGGAUUAUACCACAAGCACUGUACGUGGAACUGCUAUCCCCACUUUUAAUGCUUACAGAUUAUGGAGUUUUUGAAAAUGUGUUUCAGAAAAAUGCAAUAUAUCUGAGGUAAAGAAAAGCAUGUGUAGAACCCAGUUUACUCCUGAUUUGAAGAAAACUUUAAAGUAAAUUGGAAUGGAAAUGAGGACAAUUGUAGGCUUAAUGAUGUUCCUUAACAUUUUGUUUAAGUCAGCCUCCAUAUACAAUAUAGUUCAGACAGUAAAAAGCAGUAAUUAUAAAAUUGAAUGUUUCCUUAGGAAAAAAUCUGAAUACAAAUAUAUAAUAACCUACUUAUGUAAGCAGAGAAAAAAAACACUAGGGUCAACUUAUUAUAAGCACUAUACUGGUACAGGAUAACAUAUCGACAGUAAUAAAUAUACAUAUAUGAGGACCAAUUCUUUUCCUUAUGUAAACAAUUCAUAGCAUCAGAGCAUGUACUAUUUAAAUAUGGUAACAUUAAUUAAAACCUGUAUAAGUAAUGGAAUAGUUUGGUGCUAAACAGCCUCUAAUAAAAUGUUGCAUUUUGUAUCUUAAAUCUGCUUUAGAGAUGCUAAUAUCACAUCCUUAGGCAUAGAUUACCCUAAUGUAUGGGACUGGUAUUCUUGUGAAAUAAUCUUAAAGAUUUCCUCAAAGAAAGAAAUUACAGCUCUUUAGAAAUAAUUUGGAAGAGUGACAGCAUUAUUGUAACUUGGAGGCCUUAAGAACUAGUGUCUAUAACUUGCAUUUUACAAAAUGUAAGUUAGAAACUGGGGCUGCCUUUUUCUGAAACAAAGAUCUGUACUGACCUGGAGGAAGGAUAAUUGAGAAAUCAAUUGCCGCCAUAGACUUUGAGAGUAGCCAGUGGCUUUAUCUUGCAGCAUGAGUUCUCAAUUCUGUCCAAUCCUGUGCGUUUCAUGUGUCUAAAGGAGGCAGCAGAUGACAUAGAAACAAAUCAAUUCCUUUUCCUUUACUGUGCAUGUUGCCAUAUGAUGUGAUACCUACAAAAUUAUAUUCAAACCUUCAAAGUAAGACUCAUUUGUAUAAAGCAUCUUAGCCUAGCUGGC